CUUCCGGCUCCCCCCAGGUCCCCAAGCUUUACUUUUGUGGGGCACGACGAGGAAGUCCGCGGCCCCAAACAAUAACUAUUACAUCCAUUUUACAGGGCUUAGCCAGUUCCUGACCAACAGCUGGAACUCAAAAACAGUUUGCUAAGUGAGCAAAUGAAAGAAUCAAUCCGCUUCUCUUCAGUGCUGCACAGCACAGCAGAUAUCCCAGCUCAGAUAUGGGUUAAAAGACCACAGGCCUACCUGGAGGGCUCAGCUCUCUUAAUUCCUGGGAGACCCUGCACAUGCCAGGAUGUAUUGUGGAGUAGUUGCAUUUAGAAGAUGGGGAGGAAGUCCCAAACACUAAGUAAUCCAGGCUUGGGUUGGAAAACAAGGUUGAAGUUACUCAUUAGCAGGUGAAAGGGUCAAGGGUCGAGGCAAGGGGGCUGGAAGCAGAGUGGACUGAGCAGCCAGUGGGGGAGAGCAGUUAAGGCACCAGCCACUCCACACAGACCCCCAGCUCCCUCCUGCCUCAAGAUGUUCCACCAAAUUUGGGCAGCUCUACUCUACCUCUAUGGCAUUCUCCUUAACUCCAUCUACCAGUGCCCUGAGCACAGUCAGCUGACAACUGAAGGAGUAGAUGGGAAAGAGUUCCCAGAGCCCCACCUGGGCCAGUGGUACUUUAUCGCAGGGGCAGCUCCCACCAAGGAGGAAUUGGCGACUUUUGACCCUGUGGACAACAUUGUCUUCAACAUGGCCGUGGGCUCUGCUCCCAUGCAGCUCCAGCUUCGAGCUACCAUCCGCAUGAAAAAUGGGCUCUGUGCGCCCCGGAAAUGGACCUACCACCUGUCUGAGGGGAGCACAGAUCUCAGAACCGAAGGCCGCCCUGACAUGAAGACCAAGCUCUUCUCCAGCGCAUGCCCAGGCGGAAUCAUGCUAAAAGAGACAGGCCAGGGUUACCAGCGCUUCCUCCUCUACAAUCGCUCACCACACCCUCCCGAGAAGUGUGUGGAGGAAUUCCAGUCCCUGACCUCCUGCCUCAACUUUAAGGCCUUCUUACUGACUCCCAGGAAUCAAGAGACCUGUGAGCUGUCCAGUAACUGACCCAUGGCUUCAUCUGUACCCCCCAGAUGGAUACAGUGGGAACUGAGUUUGUGGUGGGGGGAGAAGCUGGAGACUCUUAACUCCCUUUCAAGAAUAAUAAAGAUGACUUU